UGCAUCCCGGAGCUGCCUGAAGCAGCUAGCUCUUUAUUCACACUUAACCGUUUCUUAUUUGGUUAAUACACCAAAGAGAGCAUCUCGGAGCUUUGCUAUCGAGGUCACUCCACAGCCUCAGCUGGAAAUCUGAGUCUGAAUCGGGAGGCAAGACAUCUCAGAGAGGCUGCCGACACCACGGAGAAAGUGACGGACGGAGCAGAGCCUGAUCACCGGGAUUUUUACAUCGCAUCGCAUCAGUUUAGGAUAUUUCAGGCAGCUGCUUUGACCCAGCCUUGAUUUCUUUCAGGGUACCUUCACACAAUAUUGCCUAGGUAAUAUUAAUAACAUUUGCAUGUUACAUUUCACAUAAGGUCGUCUAUAGUGAGCAGGCGGACCACUUUAAACCCAUGCGUAACAGCGGAGGAUUUUGGAGUACUGCGUAGUAGUUCAACCAUCCAGUCUUUCGACUAACAGCUCUGUUAUUUGGAAAUAUCUACAAGCUAAAAGAGGAGCAACCUGGACCUUUUACUUUGUUCCGGAGGCUAAACGUUGAAAACCCGAAGCGCACUCUGUGCGCAAUCCUGCCGAGGACGCUCCUGAAAUUGCCGACCUGCGCUUUUGCCCUCGACAAAAAUUGGCAGCCGAGUCGAGAAAAAAGGCAAAGCUUAUUAACUUUGCAUGCUAGAAGCUAGAGUGUGGAAUCUAAUUCGCAGGGUUGCCGGUAUAUUUGCAUUCCAUCGGAAGAGGAUAAACUUAAUCAGCAUUUGACAUCGACAAAGCGGCUGCUGGAUUUUGGAGAACAGAAUGAAUCCUUUUUAAUUUGGACCACAGAAGUAUUGGCAGAUUGAUCAGUGAAUGCUACAAUCUGCAUGGAGUUCUAGUCUGCACUACGGAGCAAUUUAUGGUUGGCCGCAGAACUCCCCCGGCUGUAGUACUGUGCCCACCUCGCCAUGCUGGCCUGUCUGCAGAGGAGGCAAAACCCUCCACCCCAGCACCCGGUGUGUGCCAGCAAGACCCUGGAGCCACCGCAAGCCCUUGGACGGAAAUGUGAGCUUUUGGUGCCCACGCAUUCCCCACGCUACCCCACUGCGGCAGAACUUGACGCCUACGCUCAGAAGACGGCCAACAGCCCUCUGUCCAUCAAGAUCUUCCCCACCAACAUCAGGGUUCCCCAGCACAAGCACCUUAACCGGACUGUGAAUGGAUAUGACACCACAGGGCAGCGCUAUAGUCCCUACCCACACCUCCACACAGGGGGCUACCAGGGCCUGCUCGCCAUCGUCAAGGCCUCCGCCUCAUCGUCAUCAUCAUCAACAUCCACCUUUGUCCCUACAAAAGGUGUCCUCAAGAACUCUGAAGGCAGACGGACUAAGCUCUCUCCAGCCCACAUAGCCGUUGCCCCGUACCCACCCCCUAAUAGUAGCACUUUAGCCAGUGGCCACGGCCAAAUGGUAUACCACACUGGGCCCUCAAAGCCUCCAGAAGGCCCCGGACUGUCAGUACCCCCAAAUGUCACUGUAGCUGGCUCAGUGAUUCCUGUAACAGGGGGCCGAGGCCUGGCCCUGCCCGCACAGUCCAACCUCCCCUCCAUCCAGAGCAUCAUCUACCAGAUCAACCAGCAUUGCCAGGCCCAGGCACUGCAGCAGGUGUGUCAAGGGGCUGCCACUGCACCGUCAAAUUCUAGCCCCUCCAAGCAGGGAACAACUGUCAUGGGGGUCUCUUCUAGCUCCUCAGGUGGAGGCUACGUGGUAGGAAUGGGUCCCCAGGCUAACAUGGUGUACACAGGGCCAGGGCUGCCGGCUCAAAAUGCAGAGGCGAUGAAGACCGGUGUGUACACAGACGGUAUGGACUAUAUUCUUUGGCAGAAGCAGCAACAACAGCAACAACAGCAGCAGCAGCAACAGGCUGUGCUCCGCAUGUACAGUGGAGGUAGUGGAGGAGGGGGCGCCAUCAGUAAGUCCCCCGAAACUUGUGUUCCAGGUGGAGGGAUUAUGGCGUCCCAAGUGUCCUCCUCUUCCUCCAGACCUUACCACCUGACAGCCAGUGCCAGCGGAGGAGGCGGGAUGGACAAAGUCAGCUCUUCCCCUUUGAACUGCGUGGGUAUGCAUGGAAAUUUCUCAGUGGGUCAAUACUUUGCCCCGCCGUGGAACAGUGUGCUGGUGACACCUGACAGUGACUGCUACAACACCCAGGAGCUUUUGGCUACCUCUACAGGAGGGCCGGCCACGGGGCACAGAGAGAUGGGUUACCCCCACCACCAUCACCACUACCACCACCAUCAUCACCACCCUGCUAUAGACAGCGGCGGAGGCUUGUGCUGCAGCCUGCCCAGCAAGAGCUUGUGCAACACAUCAGUGCUGAGCAGCAGCUUGCAAUCUCUGGAGUACCUGAUCAACGACAUCCACCCACCCUGCAUCAAGGAGCAGAUGCUUGGCAAAGGCUACGAGACUGUGUCUGUGCCACGUCUGUUAGACCACCAGCAUGCACACAUCCGCCUCCCUGUUUACAGAUAGAGGGGGAAGAAGAGGAGGAAAAGAAUCAAGAGUUGUGAAUUUGUGAAGAAAAUCAAAGUUAAAGAACCGAGAUGUUUUUUUGGGCUACGAGUGGCACUGCUUUAACUAGUGUGGGAGCUUAGACAAGGGCAGUUGUUGUGCUGUGUGACCCUAGGUUUGGUGGUUUUCAAGGCAGGCUGUGGGAAUCCCAAAUAUGAAAGGUGGUAGUGAUUGCCAGUGGGAGAGAAAAGGGAUUUCAAGAUUCUCCAGAUGUUCCAUUGUGUGGUUUGCCAAUAGGAAUUAUGGAUUGAUUUUCUUCUGUUUUUUUGUUUUUGUUUUUUUUUGUGAUUUUUUUUUUGUUUGUUUUUGUUGUUGUUGUUUUACUUGCCUGAACUUUUUUGACGAGAAUCAUAGCGUGACAUGAAGUGCAUACAGCACUUGUAUCCCCCUUCCAAAUACUAAGGAUGAAGCUACUGUGUAGGUUGUCACUGAAAUGGCCUUAAAAGGGCCGAAGUUUAGGGCUGCUGUCAAAAUCCAAAACUCUUUAACAGUGCACACAUAAACACAAACAUCCAGAUACUUAUACAUGAGAAGAAUAAGAUUAUAGGCAGUACUCGGGUGUAAUUUACAAGGAUCAUAAGGUUGAAUUAAAAGGAUAGUACAAUAUUAGUUAUUAUUGCUGUUAUAAUUGAUACAUAAAUUGCACUGCUUGAAUCUUGUUAACUUUGAAGUUUGGAAUUGGGUAGUGUGGAUAUGAUAUAUUUAAGAAACUUGAAAAACUUGAACCUAUUUUUUGUUGUUUUAUAUAUUUGUAGGUAUAUUAUAUGCAUUGGCUGCUAUGGGGAAAAGUGUCUCAAAUGCAUUUUUUUUUAUUUUUUUUUUUUUCCAGUUUUGUUUUUAUGAUUUAAUGAUUCCUCCUCAAGCUGAUGUGCAGUUUCUUAUGUCCUGGUGUGAGGCAUAGUCGCUGCUUUGGUUCUGUAAGAACCUGGUCUGAGAGUUUCUGUUUUUUUUCCUAACCAACACUGGAAUCUACAAUAAAUCUUGAAAUACUUAUUUAAAAAGAAAAUGUCGCAAAAAAAUUCAAGAAAAAGAAAUGUUACAAUGAAGAAUGUGAUUGGGGGGGGUUAUCUACAUAACCUUACGUGUAUGUUAAUGCGUGUAUGUGGCUGAGUGCAUGCGCGUGUGUGCAUUUUAGUUUGUGUUCUUCAAAAUCCUCAGACUUUUUUUAAAACAUUUUUUUAUUGUGUCAUUUCAAGAUUUCUACCACCAAGACUGAAAAGCUGAUUCACCAGUCCUGUAAACAUCAUAUCUGAGUAAUGUACAGGAGAUCUUUUGCAAAUCUUGCUCCCUUUUAGUGGAGGCUUUAGAUAUUUGCUGGAGGUAGUAGAGAUCAAGCUCUCACAUGACUCCAUUAUACUGUAACUGUAGUGACGGUACUGUAGCCCCUUCCACUGUCAGCAGGUGUUAUCAUAAUGACAGAGAGAGGCAGACACAAAUGGAAAUCCUAUUUUGGGGGUACUCCUCACCCCUGAUCCUGCAAACAAAAACAAAAUUAAAACAAUCAUGCCCUGUCCUCUGGCGUCAGCUGAAAUGAGACGACGCUCAAUGCUUUCCCUUGUCCUUUUCAGCCCCUGGUUGGGAUGCAUUUAGCCUGGGCCAGUCUUAACUUGAUGAUUCAGAGCAGUGAAAUAUUUAUAAUGACUGUGAGAUUCCCUUGAAUGUACUGCACUUAAAUUACUGCGAUGUUUCAUUGCCUUGUGGGACUCAAGUGAAAGAGAAAAAUUGGAUCAGUGCAGCAGUCCUCUGGUCUUAAAUUAGCAUUUCUUUUGUCAGUCAAAUUUCAAUGGUAAAUUGAAUUUAUUAACUGGAGAGAGAGAGAGAGAGAUUCGCAGCUUUGUUGUGGGGAAAUACUGGCAUCAGUCUAGAUUUAUGAAGUGCAAUUAUUAUGACUGUAUUAACAUUUUUUCUCUGAGCUUACACCAAAAAAAUGUAAACUACAGUUGUCAAUACAUUCCCAAUGUACCACAUCCCUAAUCCCUAUUCUUUUUUUUUUUGUUUUGUUUUGAGGUGUAAAAUAAAUUUCUUUAAGAAUA